GCGGGUGGCAGCGCGCAGCAGUCUUAGCCAGACCAUCUACAUGCACAACCUCUCGACCUGGGGGCCUCGCCUGAAGAAGCGAAUCGAGGCGAGCCAGGACUCCAUCUUCAUCUUCCCCGAGACGCACGCCGGCGCUGACGGGAGCAACGAGAUCUUAGAGUACUUGGGCUUCAAGGGCUGGAAGGCGGUGGUCACGCGUGCCCAGCGCAGCAAGAGAGCGGAGCUUGCUGGAGGCACGGGGCUGGCAGUUCGGAGUCAGUACUCCGUGCAGUCCCUGCGGCACCUCGCGAUCCUCGUCGUGGGCAUCUACCUCGCGCCGUCCAUCGGGGUGAGAGGCGAGAGCCAGGCGAAGCUGGCGCGGUUGACAGCGCUCGUGCUCGGACGCGCUGGGCCUUGGGUCGCCAUCGGAGACUGGAGCGCGGGGCCGUGCGAGUUCAAGCAGGCGGGCUGUUCGACGCUGCUGGAUGCGGUGGUGCGGACGCCCACAGACGUGAGCUACGCCUGCGCGCGCAACCCCGCGCGCGUGCUAGACUGCGCGCUGCGUUCGGGGCCUGUCUGGUUCAUCCUGGAGAGCGUGGAGUCGGGCCAGAGCGAUGCGGGCCCCAACAGCAAGGGGUGCAGGCAGAAGGCGAAGGACAAGGAGCAGAGCUUCAACGAGAGGCUAGAGUGCGCUGCAGAAGGGUCGGAGCUCCCGGCCUCUCUGGAGCCCGCCCGCCCGGGCGCGAGCGGCGGCGCUUUCGAGCCCGUCCGCUGCGAGGCCCUGCCGGGCGAGUGCAAGGUCGUGAACGGGGAGAUGGGCGACCUUUUCGGCGAGAGCGAGUCCAGCAAAGGGGGCGGCCCUUUCAGCGACUACAGCGAGCAGGAGGAGGCGAAGGGGCCGAGGGCUACCGCCGACCAGAUCUUCGGCAUCGGGCUGGAGGAGCGCGGCCAGCUGCGGCCCCCCCAGGACUCGGCAGAGUACGAGCUCGACCCCAGCGGAGCCAACGAGCUUGGCGCGCAGUUCGGCGCGUGGGUCCACGCGACGGAGCAGUUCUACCCGAGCAUGCUGAGGAUUGCGCCCAGCGAGAGGCGCGUGCACAGCGGGCGCGGGGAGGCGGUUUGCUUCUCCAUGGGGGCUGUCCCCGGGGAUGACGCACUGUCGCGCGAGAUCGGCGGCUCGAUCUCUUGGUGUGGUGCGCUGUCAUCGUGCUUGGUGGAGCUGCGGCGAUGCGGGGGGGGGGGAGGGCAGCGUGGCCAGCGCCUGAAGGGGCGAAUCCAGGCCGUGGCCGCCGUCGCCCCCGACGGCGGCAUCGUCGAGAUGACGAGCGAGCAGGUGAGCGGGGCGCUGAUUGCUUGCGCCAACUGGGUGAAGGAGCAGGAGGCGAUCGGCGGCGGCAAGCUGCGCCGUCGCACUCGUGACAAGACGAGGGCUACCAUUUUGACGCGGCUCGCGGCGGCGAUCGAUGAGGAGUGGACCCCCAUCACCGUCGAGGGGCUCGGCCACGCGAUCGACGGCGCGUCGCAGAGCAAGGCGAAGGGCAUCGAGCAGAUGGGGGCUUUGGCGUAUACGUGGCUGCCCCCGAGCGCGAGGAAGGGGUUGCUGAACAUUUUGGUCAGCAUCGAGCGCGAGGGGGCGUGGGCAUGGCAGCUUAUGGUCGCGCUGGUGAGCCUACUUCGGAAGGUCGCUGGGGGCGAUCGAGCGUUUGGGCUGCUCUCGGAGGUGGAAGAGAUCUGGUUCAAUAUCAGGGGCGACUACACCAAUGAGUGGGUGCAGCACGUGGCGGGCAAGUGGGGCGCCGCGGCGGCAGGCAAAGGCGCUCUGAAGGAGGCGCGCUGGUGCGUUCGUUCGCCGACGGGGUGGGCGCCCAUGAAGGUGUGCGCGGCGACGGCGCUGUGGAGCCUGGUGGAGUUCUACGACGCAACGGAGCCGCUCCUCAUCCUGGUGGAGGGCCCCAGGCUCAGGCUUCCAGCUCGCGCGUUGCACUUGGAAGUGCUGAACCACCUGGGCGCGCGGCUAGUCAGGGAGCGGUCGGCUUGCGCGGCUCCGGUCUCCCAAGAGCGCUCUGCAUGUGCUGGGGCGCGCCGAGGCAUCGACUUCGGCAGGGUGGCGUUGUGCGCCGCGCUGGGGAGGAUCAGCAGCAAGUGCCAGACGGUGUUCGCGCGCGCGUGGGUCGACGCCGUCGCGGCGAGGCUGGAGGGUUCCCGUCGCGAGGCCGCGCUCGAGCAGUCCAUCAAGUCGGUCGUCAUCGGCAACGACGUGGAGGUCGUGGAGGAGAUCGCGCUGAAGCUUCGGGCGCGCAACAUCAUGGUGCAGGUGAAGGGUCAGGCCCCAGCUGUGGACAUUGACUGGGGCCGCGGCAUCGGCGGGGGCAAGGCGAGCGCGCGAAGCGCGCCGUCCGCGCGGGCCGCCGGGGCAGCCAAGGCGCUGAAGAUGGCGCGCUAUGGCCGCAGAGCCCGAGGAAGGGCCAGGCAGGUUGUGUUGCGCGGGUCCCUACCUCGAUCGGCCUACUCGCGCCAGGUGUUUGGGGUGGCGCCCGGCGUGGUGGCGAUGUGGAGGCGACGGUUGGCCUCGGUGGUCGCCCCGUGGCUUCGGGGCCGGGGCCGGUGCUUCGCGGCGCUGAUGCAUCUGGAGCUCGGCGUCAGCGACCCGGCCUUCGGUGCGACGUUCGCGCUGCUGGACUCGUGGGUGCGCGUCGACAGCGACCCGAGGCGCAGGCAGAAGGUCAGCAUCAUGUGGCCGAGGAUCGUCGGCAGCAUGCGGAGCAAGUUGGCGCGGCAGAGGUGGCGUGGAGUCACGGGCGCCACAAGCGCCAUGGUGAACACGCUGAUGGGCUUGGG